GUCUAGCCCUUUUUUCUCUAAAAUCCAAAUUUUUGACCUCUCAAGUAAUUAUUUUUCUGGACCCCUACCAGUGAGAUACAUCAACAGCUUCAAGGCUAUCAUAAAUCUAGAGAAGAUUGGGAGUACAAUGUCGUACAUGGGGGUGUAUGUUCAGAGAGGUAGUGGCUUCUAUACCUAUUCCAUUGGAAUUGUUAUGAGAGGACAGGAGAGGGAAUUGGUGAAAAUUUUCACCAUGUGGAUGAUCAUUGAUCUAUCAAACAAUCAGUUUGAAGGGGGUAUUCCAAAGGUUUUUGGGAAGCUUAACUUACUGAAAGGGCUCAACCUUUCUCAUAAUAACCUUAAUGGUGAUAUCCCCACCUCAAUAGGGAAUUUGACGAAUCUUGAAUGGUUGGACCUAUCUUCAAACAGGUUGUCUGGGACGAUUCCAAAUAGAUUGGCAGAUCUGCCAUUUCUUUCGUCUUUAAAUGUUUCUGAAAAUCAACUCCAUGGUCGGAUUCCUCAAGGAAAACAAUUCAACACAUUUGGAAAUGAUUCAUAUGAAGGAAAUAAGGGACUAUGUGGAUUUCCGGUCACGAAAGGUUGCAACAUCAUUGAGCCAGCACCUCCAAAUGUGCUUGAAAAAGAUGGCUCAAAAUCAGACAUUGCUUUUGGUUGGAAAGUGGUGUUGAUAGGUUAUGGAUGCGGAGUAGUGUUCGGAAUGUUCGUGGGAUAUGUUGUUUUCCAAACUGGAAAGCCGAAAUGGUUGGUGAAUUUGGUUGAAAACCAACCUGAGAAGAGGCAAAGAAGAAAGUCAAAGAAAGGCAAUCGCAGCAGUAGACGAAGAAGGAUCUAAUUACUGCAAAUGAUGUUCAAGAAUUAGGGUUGUAUUUUCAUAAUUUCUUGUUUUGUAGACCGUUUUGCCUAUGGUGAAGGGUUGCAUUGGUAUGUGUCUGUCUUUAUUAUUGUACCAAUUCCUCUGUCUUUCAUUGCAUUUCGUACUAUCUGCAAUGGUUUGUUUGAGUGUAAUAUUUUGUAUGGUGGUGUUGUUUAUGUCUUCUUUCAUGGAUUUCAAUUUAGUCUCAAUAAUCUUUGCUACUGCUC